CCCAGCAGCAGCAGCGCUCUGACCGUCGGCUGCCCCCACCGAGCGCGCCUCCCUCGCCGCCGCCGUCGCCAUGAGCUUCCCGCGGCCCCUGCGCCGGUCCGUGAGCCUGAGCCCAGGGCGGACCCUGAGGCUGGUGGUGCUGGGACAGGGCGCCGUGGGCAAAACAGCUUUGACAGUGAGAUUCAUCACCAAGCGAUUUAUCGGCGAUUAUGAUCCUACUCUAGAGAUGAUUUACAGGCACACUGCUGUCAUCGAUGGAGAGAUGGUGCACUUUGAAAUCCUUGACACAGCAGGACAGGAGGAAGAUUCCCUACAAAUUGAAGAGAAGAUUAAGUGGGGAGAUGGCUUUGCGGUGGUUUAUUCUGUCACUGACAGGUGCAGCUUCGACGAGGUCAUGAGGCUCUGCUUCCUCAUCAACCACAUCCAUUCCAGCCCAAAGCGAAGCAGCGGGAGCGGAGAGCCACCGGUGGUGAUUGUGGGGAACAAGAAGGACCUGCAGUUUGACCGAAUGGUGUCCUCUGAGGACGGGGAGAACCUGUCCAAGGCCCUGAAGCACCCAUUCUACGAGAUCUCUACCAGGGACAGCUAUGAGGAGACUGUGACAGUUUUCAACACCUUGUACAAUGAGCUGAUGAAGCAGGGCCAUUUCUCCCCGGGGUCCUUCAAGAGGCGAGCUGUCUCUAAACUGAUGGAGAAGAUCCCCAAGAUCCACGCCAAUUCAACCCUGGCCUCAGGUGGCAGGAGUCUGAGCUUCAACUCGUUCAGAGAUUACAUCCCAGAGUGAACUUUUGCAUUGGCUGUGGUGCAGUGAUGAACAAUGCAUGCAGGGGCCAGCUGGAGUUGGCAAGAGAGAGGCUGCAGAGCUGGUAACACAGCAAGGCAAGAGACCUGUACAGUGUUAGGAAAGGGGGUCCUCUUUCUAACCACCUUGAGCUAGGAAGGCCAGAGGAUGACCCUAGGUUGAUUAGAGUAGGGGAUGUAGCCAUACAUAAAAACAGCCCUACUGGAUCAGAGCAGGGGUCCACCUGGUUUAGCAUCUUGCUUCCCCAAGUGGCCAGCCAGAUACUUCUGGGAAGCCCACCAGCAGAGUGUGAAAGCAAGAGCCUUCCCCAGCUGUUGCCCCUGAGCAAUUGGUAUUCAGAGGGAAGUUGUUUCUGUCCCUAGAGGUUCCAUUCAUCUAUCAUGGCCCAUAGCUCUUGAUAGCCCCUGUCCUUCCAUGUUUUUCUUUUCUCCAGUUUUCAAGCCACCUAGGCUGGUAGCCAUCACUGCAUCUUGUGGCAGUGAGUUCCAUCCUUAAGGCUGACAUUCUGCAUUUUUCUCCUUUAGAGAUUAGUCUUUUAAUUUCUGGGUGGAGGGCACCUGUGAUAAGUCAUUUGGUUAGGUGGCCUUUAUCCCCCCUUUUGGGGCCUGCCAAAACCUAGGAAAACUGGUUGCCCUUGCAGGACAGAACUUGGACGCUGAGCUCAAGAGCAGCUCAGCCCUGUUGAGUAUCUCUUGUAAGGGGUGGUGUCUCCAAACAGUGAUUUUAAAAGCUGAUUUAAAGUUUCCUCUCAUCUGUCUGGUUAUUGCUGGCAUGUUGCUGGUCCCUCCUCUCGAUCAGCACAACAUUCACCACUUUCUGCACCUCACCUUCCAUACCGGCUUGAGCCCACUGGCUCCACCAGCUUUCGACACAGUGCAGUCUUACUUAUCCAGUGGUACUCGAGCACGCUGAAAUGUUGCCUGGAUUAUAGAUUUGAGUAGAGAGGGAAGAAAUGGGAGUGCUGUUUACACUGGGCUACACAGCGACAUGAGACUUCAUGGCAAGAGGAAGGCAAUGAAUGCGAAGAAUCGGGGAGUUCACAGAACCAUAGCGCUUUAGCGACCAGUAGCCCAUUAAGGGUGCAACCCUAUGCAUGUUUAGACAACAAAACAUCCUACAACUCCCAGCAUGCUCCAGCCAGCUAUGCUAGUUGUUGUAGGACAUCUUGCUGUCUAAACAUGCAUAGGGUUGCUCCCCAAGACUAUUACCCUGCCAUAAGGCAACUCCCCACAUCCAACCUGCAGAUCCAGCUAUGUAAUUUGCAUCAUCAACAGAGAUUAUUUCUGUGUUCUUGGUAGGUGGAUGCCACUAGCAAGGAACAUGUUCAACUCCUUCCCCCGUUUUCAACAGAUUUCUCUGAAAGUAUGAGCAUACGAGGCUACCAUAGAAUGUUGGUCCACCUAGCCCAAUGCUAUUGACUCUGACUGGCAGCAAAACUUCCAACAUCUCAGCUUCAUUCCUUUUCAAAGAUUUUAUUC